AUGGUUAAGUUAACACGAUCUGAUGAUUUUAAUAAAUAUAUUGAAGACUUAUUUUUACCUGACUCAAUAAUUGAAGAGGUGGUAAUGGUCCCAUACGAAGAAACUGAUAAUUUGGCUACUAG